UUUUUCUAUUAAAAGUUAUACACAUAAAAAAUGGCUAAAACAUAUAUUGUAACUGGUGCUUCUCGUGGUCUCGGUCUCGAGUUCGUAAAGCAAAUUGCUGCUAACGGUCAUACUGUAUUUGCUUGUGCUCGUAACCCUGAUUCCUCCAAGGAUCUUCAAGCUUUGAUUGAUAACAAACAAGUUUUCGGUGUCAAGUUAGAUACCACUUGUGAAAAGUCUAUCAAGGCUGCCGUUGAAGAAAUUGACAGAAAGGCACCUCAAGGUGUUGACAUUUUGAUCAACAAUGCAGGUAUUGGUGGUACCAUGGGUCUCAAUGUUGAAAAUACUCCCAAGGAAGAAUACAUGAAGAUUUUCGAAACCAAUGUCGCUGGUGUCUCUGAAGUCCUUAAAGCAUUUUUACCUCUUCUUCGUAAACGUGGUCAAGAUCAAACUAAAAAGAUUUUGAACAUGUCAUCUAUGCUUGGUUCCAUUGCUGAUAUGGAGACGGGUGAUGGUUUAGGCUUCGGAAGUGCUUAUUGUGUUUCCAAGGCCGCUGUCAAUAUGCUCACCAAGAUGUUUGCUAAUCAACUCGCCAAGGAGAACUUUAUCAUUUAUGCUUCUCAUCCUGGUUGGGUCAAGACUGACUUGGGUGGUGAUGAUGCUCCUGUUGAAAAGAAAGACUCCAUUGCUGGUCAAUUAAAAAAGAUUGACGACUUAACUCCCAAGGACAAUGGUCGUUUCUACGAUUUUGAAGGAAGCCACAUGAACUGGUAAAUGGUUUUUUUUUAAGCGAAAAAAAAACAAUGGAUACAGAGUGUAUGUUGUUUAAAUCGGAAAUACCAACAAUGGAUGAGGCCUAUUCUACUAUUUAAAACAAUAAAACCCGUCCUUACUGAUAA